AUGAACGUACCUCGACCCCGUAAUUUGAAGCAUUUAAUGAGUUUUAUACAAAUGUGUUCCUGGUACAGGAGGUUCAUUCCCGAUUUUGCUAAAGUUGCAGAGCCCUUGACGCGUCUCACUAAGAAAGACGCCGAGUGGUCUUGGAACAAAGAACAAACAUUUGCAUUUGAAACUCUGAGAACCCUAUUAACUACUACUCCUGUACUCGCACAGGCUGACGAGACUAAGCCCUAUAUCAUCAAAACUGAUGCUAGCAACUUUGCUAUUGGAGCGGUCUUAGUGCAGGGGGAGGGUGAGAAUGAACAUCCAGUUGAGUACGCUAGUCGAUUGUUGAAUAAAUCUGAACGAAACUAUUCAACUACUGAGAGAGAAGCCUUGGCAGUGGUGUGGGCGGUCAAUAAAUUCAGAGGCUACAUAGAAGGAACUAAAAUUACUGUAUUAUGUGAUCAUCAAGCUCUCAAAUGGCUCAUGACCUUAAAGACACCCACUGGCAGAUUGGCACGAUGGGCUCUUCAGUUACAACCCUAUGAUAUUACAAUAAAAUAUAUACCAGGCAAAACAAAUGUUGUUGCCGAUGCUUUAUCACGUCCAAGUUGUGAAGCCGAUACAGAAAAAGAUUGUGGAGUAUGCACUGUGAUAAUUGAUAUGCCAAGGAAAAGUAAACAAGAAAUAAGAGAGACACAGCAUACAGACGACGAUAUAGUCAAGAUAGUCAAGGAUCUGGAAGGUAAUAACGAAGAAAAAGCUCAAUAUUGGAGUAAGAAAGGAUAUAUGAUGAAUGAUGGACUACUAUAUCGUUACUACACUGAUACAAAUAGGGAUGAGAGUCAGUUAGUAGUACCCAAGCAAGAACAGUUAAACGUCAUUGCUACAUAUCAUGACGCUGAAACAGCUGGUCACUAUGGUGCCGAGAAAACAAUCGAGCGUAUAUCUCGUCGUUAUUUUUGGAAGGGAAUGAGAGGACAUAUAGAAGCUUACACACGAAAUUGCUUAGAAUGCCAGAGAUAUAAACCUUCAAAUCAGAAAACAACUGGAUUAGUGCAAACUACAGCUACCAACCAACGAUUCGAAACAGUUGCUUUCGAUUUAUUUGGCCCAUUACCUGAAACGCGAGAAAAUCAUCGCUGGAUUUUUAUUGUGGAAGACGUGAUGACCCGAUGGGUGGAACUCUUUGCCUUGAAAUAUGCAACGGCGGACGAAUGUGCAAAAAUACUGUUGAACGAAAUCAUACUAAGAUAUGGCGCACCCCGAAGAUUUAUUAGCGACAAUGGAUCUCAAUUUGUUAGUAACGUUAUGCAACAAUUAACAUUUUGUUUACGCAUACGACAUGGAUUCACUCCCGUAUACCAUCCGGAAACCAACCCGGUUGAGAGACGAAACCGUGACUUGAAGACGCAACUCGCAAUUCUUGUUAAAGACGACCACACUUCCUGGUCAGAUAAGCUACCAAGCAUUCGAUACGCGAUGAAUACAGCUAAAUCUUGCUCUACUGGCUUUACGCCUGCUUACCUAACAUUCGGACGUGAAUUAAGAACAAUUGAUGAUGUUGAACAUGAUCUGCGAGAUAUUGUGCAAAAUGAGAACUUCAUCAUGGAAAUUACACCGAAACUACUGUUGAUAGCGGACACCCUAAAGCGAGCAAAGGAAAUACAGGAAAUGAAAGAGGAGAAGAGGAAGGAAUACGUUGAUAAGACGAGAAAAGCCUGUCCAAACUAUCGAGAAGGCGAUUUGGUAUUAGUCGACACGCAUACCCUUAGCAAGUCUAGUCAAGGGUAUAGCUCAAAGUUAGCACCAAGGCGCGAUGGACCCUAUGUCAUAAAUAGACGUCACGGUCCCAGCUCAUUCCAGGUUACCAAUCCCCAAACAAAAGAAAUAGCUGGGAUAUAUCACGCCUCUGCUCUGCGUCGCUAUAAAGCAUCCGGUGAUGCAACCUUACCCGCCCCUUCUCAACCAAUAAGAAAGAGAGGUCGACCAAGAAAACAAGUAAUUGGCACUGGAACAACCCGUACCUGUGGACCAAAACCACGUGGUAGACCACCCAAGAAGAAGGACAACUAG